GACUAAAUUCGAGAAUUCCACAAAUGAACAAUCCACUUUCCAAUUAAACGAAACAAAGCACAAAAGCUAACUAACUCAACUUAAAGUCUUGAACUAACCUGUUACUGCUCUUCAAAUUUGCCACUCAUAAACACAGCUAGUUAAAGUCUUUGAAGUCAACUAACUCAACUUCAAUGCAGAUCCCAUUUCGCGCCUAUAUAAACCGCCAAACCCUCAUCACCCUCAAAACCAUCUACACCAUAAUACACACAAGCAUUGCAUCUAUCUUCUUCCCCACCAAAAUGAGCACUCCCACCCCAACUCCACCCCCAUUUGAUCCCUCCCGACCCUCUUCACCAAUCUCUUAUCCAAUCAAAACCCUCGAAGAACUCGAGUCCAGGUCUUAUUUUGACUCGUUUCACUACCCUUUUAACAAAUCUUGGGGUUGCACACAAGGUGUUCGAUCAAAUGCCGCAGAGAAGAGUUUGCCGAUGAGGCCGAGAUUGUUGGUCUGUCAUGAUAUGGCUGGUGGGUAUGGUGAUGAUAAGUGGGUGCAAGGUGGGGAUAACCCGGAUGCUUAUGCCAUUUGGCAUUGGUAUUUGAUGGAUGUGUUUGUGUAUUUUUCGCAUAGUUUGGUUACUUUGCCGCCUCCUUGUUGGGUUAAUGCUGCACACUUGCAUGGUGUUAAGGUACUGGGUACUUUUAUUACCGAGUGGGAUGAAGGGAAAGCUAUUACUCGUAAACUGCUUGAGACAAAGGAGUCUGCUCACAUGUAUGCGGAGCGCUUGACUGAGCUUGCUGUUUCCCUUGGCUUUGAUGGAUGGUUGAUCAACAUGGAAGUAGAAGUAGACAUUGAACAAAUUCCUAAUUUAAAGGAAUUUGUUAGCCACUUAACUUAUGCUAUGCACUCUUCGAAGGAUGGGUCUUUAGUCAUAUGGUAUGAUAGUGUUACUGUUUUUGGAAAACUUGAGUGGCAGGAUCAUCUAAAUGACAGCAACAAGCCCUUUUUUGAUGCAUGUGAUGGCAUUUUUGUUAACUAUACAUGGAAGGCCAAUUAUCCUAAGCUCUCAGCUGAUGUUGCUGGUAGCAGACAAUUUGAUGUGUACAUGGGUAUUGAUGUAUUUGGAAGGGGAACCUUUGGUGGUGGACAGUGGACAACAAAUGUUGCACUUGAUGUAAUAAAGAAAGAUAAUGUGUCAGCUGCUAUCUUUGCACCUGGAUGGGUACUUGAGACAAAUCAGCCGCCUGAUUUUCAGACGGCUCAAAACCGAUGGUGGGGACUUGUUGAGAAUUCAUGGGGAGUAUCACAAAAGUACCCUAAAUCACUUCCAUUUUAUUCGAACUUUGAUCAGGGUCAUGGUUACCACAUUUUCAUGGACGGAAGGAAAAUAUCAACUAAACCUUGGAACAACAUCUCUUGCCAAAGCUUUCAGCCUCUUCUAGAUUGUCUUGAAGAUCAGAGACCAAAUGCAAUUCAAGUUUCUAUAGAUUUUAAUGAAGCGUCUUAUAUUGGAGGAGGAAACAUCACGCUAAAAGGAUCUCUUGAUGGCGAUACUUAUUUUACAACCAGGAUAUUUCAAGGAGAACUGCUUUUUGGGAACUUGCCGGUCCUUUUUACUUUUUCUGUGAAAUCAGAUGUGAGCUCUAUGGUAGGCCUUUCUCUCAAGUUUUCUUCUCAGGCGUUGGAGAAGACAUCAAUACUACUCGCUUCUCGGGGUGAUUCCGUGCUAAACACAAAGCAGUUCUCUAGCAAGUUUAAUAGAGUAAUUAUGCCACAUCAAGUGAAACGACUAGAUGCAACUCCAGGAUGGGUGAUACAAGAGAGCCGUCUUGCAAUGGAGGGCUACACAUUAACAGGGAUUCAUAUCAUUUGUUAUAGAUCAAAACAUAUCUCAGUUAACCAUGAAAUAGUGACUCAAAGUCCAUCUAUAUAUAAUGCAGUGCUGGGGCAUAUCGAUAUUAGAACUUCUGCAACAAACUCAGAUUUCCCACCUGAUGCAUCAUGGUUAGUUGAGGGUCAGUUCAUAAAAUGGACUUCAGGUUCCGAGGCUUCGAAGACCGUCAGUGUUAAGAUCAUUUGGAAACUGAAAGACGGAACAGCUUCUUGGUUCCCUAGCUACAAUAUCUAUGUUGAGAAACAAGGAAUAGUCAGAAAUUCAAAUGCACUGCUUGAAGAAAGGCUAGAAUAUCUUGGACUGGCACGAGUGGAAGCCUUUUAUAUAUCUGAUCUCAUGGUUCCUUCUGGUAUCUCUAGACUAAAUUUCAUCAUUCAAGUAUGCAGUCUUGAUGGCACUUUGCAGAAGUUAGAUUGUUCACCGUCUUUCCAGUUAAACGUAGAAGGUUAGUUAAAGAUCAUCCUCUGUGCUUAAAGGAGGGCCUAUGUGGUAUAUUCACUGAGCAUGUCAUAAUUUGUACAGAGAUUUUGAACUUGUUGUAUGUGACAAUAAAACAUAAGAGGUAUUUGCAGUUUGCAUCC